AUGGCAGAUCAAAUUGAUAAUGUUACUGCAAAGGCGACUUACGAAGUUGUGAACCACAAAAAUGAGGUUUACGGAUUCAAAGCAAGAUGGGUUGUCUGUGGAAACCAUCAACAAAAGAAGGAAGACUCAAUCUUCUAUUCGCCGGUUAUCUCGAAUACUCUUGUCAAGAUCAUUUUUACAAUUGUUGCGCAACGAAACUACGCCUGGAAGCAGUUUGACGCAGUUGCAGUAUACCUCAAUGCGUCGAGGGAACACGAGGAAGUCAUUUACGUUAUACAACCACCUGGUUUUGAAUACAGUGAGCCAGAAAUUGGUCCCAAAGGCUGGGUUUGUCAGCUAAACCAGGCGCUUUACGGACUACGUGAUUCGGCGAAGCUGUGGAAUGAAGACUUGAAUAUAAAACUCAACAAUAUAGGUUUUGUACCUCUUGACGACGACCCCUGUGUGUAUAUAAAAGGUUCGGGUGAGACAGCCUGGUACCUGAUUGUACACGUUGACGAUUUCAUUGCUGCUGCUCCAACCAAGGAAGAAGUGGACCAAAUCUUUAAGGAAGUUCAAUCUGAAUUCGAUAUUAAGGACAUAGGUGAACCAUCACGUUUUCUUGGAAGUGCAGUCGUGAGAGAUUACAAAAACAGAACAAUCACUCUUUCCCAACAAGUAUAUAUUGAGGAAAUUCUUCGACUCGCAGAAAUGCAGAAUUGUAAGGAAGCAGCAAUCCCACUUUCAUCCUCCUGGAUCUGGGAUAAUGAAAACGAAGACCCGGAGACACUUCUUCACGGAAAAGAACACACCAGAUACAGAUCAAUAGUGGGACGUCUCAAUUGGUUAGCAGUGGAGACAAGACCGGAUAUCAAGUUUGCAGUCAUGAAACUUCAACAUCGGGCUGCUAAUCCUACCGAAAGAGAUCUCCAGGCUGCUCGACAGGUCUACUGUUAUCUAAAAAGAACAAAGGAUUUUGCGAUUACUCUGGGAUGUGUUAAGGACCAACGCUUUUACGCCUACACAGAUACUUCCCACGGAGACUGGCCAGACAAGAAGUCAACUGAAGGAACAAUUUGGUUCUUUGCUGGUGCUCCGAUUAUCUAG